AUGGGGCUUCUGACCAUUCUGAAGAAGAUGAAGCAAAAAGAAAGAAAAUUAGCAGGCCUGAUGGCCAUCGGCCUGGACAAUGCGGGCAAAACAACCAUCCUCAAGAAGUUCAAUGGCGAAGACAUCGACACCAUCUCCCCCACGCUGGGCUUCAACAUCAAGACCCUGGAGCACCGAGGAUUCAAGCUGAACAUCUGGGAUGUGGGCGGCCAGAAGUCCCUGCGGUCCUACUGGAGGAACUACUUUGAGAGCACCGACGGCCUCAUCUGGGUGGUGGACAGCGCUGACCGCCAGCGCAUGCAGGACUGCCAGCGAGAGCUCCAGGGCCUGCUGGUCGAGGAGCGCCUGGCCGGAGCCACCCUCCUCAUCUUUGCAAACAAGCAGGACCUGCCUGGAGCACUGUCCUCUAACGCCAUCCGCGAGGCCCUGGAGCUGGACUCCAUCCGCAGCCACCACUGGUGCAUCCAGGGCUGCAGCGCCGUCACCGGGGAGAACCUGCUGCCCGGCAUCGACUGGCUGCUGGACGACAUCUCCAGCCGCGUCUUCACGGCCGACUGAGCCGCCGCCACGCCCCCGCCUGGACGUCCAGCCCCCUGCCUCGCCAGACACUACCCACGGGGCGACACCCCCCUCCCCGCCACCUGCUGCUGCUGCCGCCCCAUGCUGCUCCGUGACCCGCUGGCCCCCGUGGCGGGAGGCUGCACCCCGGCUGCCUCCCGGCUCCUGACUCAGCCUGCGGCUGCCAUGCCAAGGCCAGAGGGCAGAGGCUGGGAGGGGCCACCUCUGCUGCUACCGAGGCCGUGGCCUCGUCCUUUCCUGGCUGUGAAAUAAAGCACUCCCUGCCCCGGUGGGCGGCUGUCA